GAGGGUGGCAUGCUGUAGCUAAGGCAGUAUACAGUAGGCUGUAGAGAGGUAGCGUAGAAGGAUUGGGUACAGUACAUAAGGGAGGAAUGCGAUGCCGAUGCCGAGAGGGAUUCCGCGCACCUGCGAUCGGAGCACAGCGACGGCUCCAGCUGUAUAAAGAGGCCUUUGCUAAUCGCUGCCAGAACAGGACGCGCUAGUCAGUUUCUCUUAGACAGAAUGUAACAUUCGAUGAUGAAAAAGCUAGCGCUAGGCUCGUAUGACGUGGUGGAUGCAUGGUGGAUACCCACAGUGGUCUGUAUGUCGCCGAGGAAACCAGCGGCGAUGAGGCCUCCGAAGAUUGUGCGACGACGUUCCCGCCGUUGAAAAGGGUGACUCGUAGGUGCACUUCUGAUCGCGCAAUUCACACAGGAAAGCACGUCAACGCUGUCUCAUAAGCAGCAAGAAUACCGCCACAAUGCCACACUUUCCAAGCUCUGCACGUCAGCAUCCCAGGCGGUUUAUGCUUGUCACCAACCCUCGCACUUGCUCCAAUCUCUUGGUCCGCAUCCUGGGCCUGGACAAUCAGCCACACACCAAGCAUGGCAGCUACCAUCUCCUUGGCUGCACGAUCGCCAUGUCCACGAACAACCUGUGGGAAAAGAACGCCGAUGAAUGGACGGAGGAACAG